UUUUUCUCAAUAAAACUCCUUGACUCUCUGUCUGUGUAGCGUGUCAUUGAAACAGUAGUAACAAAGUCUCUGGUUUUCGUGACAUCUUUUUGUCUCCAAACGCAGUUUCAACACGAGUUGUUGUCAGAUCAUCUCCCACUAAACCAGAAAUGUGAUUAUCUUUAAUUUCCAUCAGUUAUCAAGUGUAGCGGAGAAGAUGGGAAAAGCUACAAGAUGGUUGAAGGCCGUAUUGGGAAUGAAGAGAGAAAAAUUCAGUCUUGACAGUGCAUAUUCCGUUUCUGGUGACAAGAAAGAGACGAAAAGGUGGAGUUUUAGCAAGUCCAGGAAGGAUUCUGACGCGGUGAAUAGGUAUCGGGCCAGCAGUUCGAUCUCGGAUGCUGUUUGGCUCAAGUCUUAUGUUGCAGAGGCAACGAAGGGGCAAAAUGAGCAGGCAAUUGUGGUCGCUGCAGCCACCGCGGUGGCUGCCAAUGCCGCGGUUGCAGCUGCAGAGGCAGCGGCUGCAGUCGUGAAGCUAACGAGCCAUGGAAGAGGAACAAUGCCGAGAGGUGGGAGGGAGAGGUCGGCUGCGGUGAAAAUUCAGACCGCUGUAAGAGGUUUUCUUGCCCGGAAAGCGCUUCGAGCUCUCAAAGGAUUGGUCAAGCUGCAAGCCUUUGUUAGAGGCUAUCUGGUCAGAAAGAGGGCUACUGCCGCUCUGCGUAGCAUGCAGGCUAUAGUUCGAGCCCAAGCCACUGUCAGAUCACAUCAAGCUCGCCAUUCUCUCGACAAAGAGAACCGGUAUCCUUUGGAAAAUCGACCCAGGAGAUCCAUGGAAAAAGUUUGUGAUGCAAGAAGUGCAUUCCACAGCAAGAGGCUCUCUACUUCUUCAGAGGUUGCGAGCAAUUUGGAUGAGAGCCCCAAAAUUGUUGAGGUUGACACGUUCAAGACUCGUUCAAGAUUCUGCCCAAUCCAUAGCCCGGUGUUGGAAUGCGUCUACAAUGGAUCAGACCAUGCCGUUUCGAUGCUCAAUUGCCAAAACUCACGGAACUUUGAGUGGCGCCUCGCUGGCAAUGAGUGUAAAACUCCAACACCCGUUAAAAGUGCUUGUGGAGACAGCUUCUACGAGCCUCGCUCCGAGCUCCCGAGCUACAUGGCGAACACUCAGUCGUUCGAGGCCAAGUCGAGGUCACUCAGCACCCCCAAACAAAGACCCGAGGAGGGGUCAAAGAAGAGGCUCACGCUCAGCGAGAUCAUCGCCGCCCGGAACAGCGUCAGAGCCAUCAGAAUGCAACGGUCGCGCUCGCAGGUUGAAGACAUUUUCGAAUGACCGAUUACUUACAAAACCACGGUCUCCACCUCCAGCGAAUAGUUAGAAUUUCUCAUUUCGGAGCUUUCAUCUCCAACUAGAUGUCCGCAAUCAACAAGAUUCAACCAUGUGUUUGUGUAGAUUCUUCUCAGUUCUGGGAGUUGUCGUUGGAUGCAUGUUUUCUGUGAAACCAACCAAAUGAAAUUGCUUCUCUCUGUUUUUGUCUC